AUGGUUUCUAGUUCUGAUGCUGCAAAGACGCAUGGUACUGUGUUGGCAUGUACAGAUGAAGCAGUUCUUCCUGUCAGUCAAGUGUUUGAUGCACUUAGAGAACUUGGGAAGGAAGGGGUUGAACAAUACGAUCCUAUGGUUAUUACAUUUGCAUCAUCACGAAGUAAGUUGUCAGUGGAAUCUUCUUCGGUGGAUUUUGUCAUUUUAAUCUGGCAGUCUCUUGAUUGUUCUAUAGACCAACUGAUUCGAGAAAUUCUCAGAGUGUUAAAAGUAGGUGGGACAACUUUUAUUCGCAAGUCAUCUCAGUCUGCUGUGGGCUCAGUUGAUAAGGUGAUAUCUGAUCUUGUGAGCAAGUUAUUAUUGGUAGGGUUUUCAGAAACACAAGUUUUAGAAGGCAAAUCUUCUGGGAUCAAAGCUAAAAAGUCUUCAUGGAAAAUUGGUUCAUCUUUUGCAAUAAAGAUGGUGAAGAGUUCUCCUAAAGUGCUAAUUGAUGUUGAUUCAGAUCUGAUUGAUGAAGAUAGUCUUUUGACUAAAGAAGAUUUAAAGAAACCCCAGCUGCCACCUGGUGAUUGUAAAAUAGGAAGCACGAGAAAAGCCUGCAAAAAUUGCAGUUGUGGGAGGGCUGAAGAAGAGGAAAAAGUAUUGAAGUUAGGAUUGACAGCUGAGCAGAUUGAUAAUCCUCAAUCAGCUUGUGGCAGUUGUGGAUUGUGGGAUGCUUUCAGAUGCAGUACCUGUCCCUACAAGGGACUUCCCUUCAAAUUGGGCGAGAAGGUAGCACUGUCCAGUAACUUCCUUGAUGCAGACAUAUAAUGGAUACAGUUGCAAUACGUUUUGUAAUUGGAAUGGUAUAAUGGAAUGUUUAGAUAGUAUGAGAUGUUUAUUAGUUAUGUUAAUGCUGACAGAACCAUUCGUCCUAGUUGUUUGAUACAAUUUUAAGAAAAGCUUCAUGAGAUA